GCCGGAGCUACCGUCGCCGCCGCACGCAGUGGUGGUGCUGGAGCGAGAGCCACCGGAGUCCGCAAGAUCGAGCGGGGAGGCUUCCCUGAGGCACCCGGAGGCGGAGGUUGUUGGUGGCCGGGUAGCAGGAGGCGAUGGAGAGGAAGGUGAUGGUGGUCUGCGCCGUGGUGGGCUUCCUGGGCGUCCUCUCGGCGGCGCUCGGGUUCGCCGCCGAGGGCACCCGCGUCAAGGCUUCAGACGUGCUAACAGAUUCCGAGGAUUCUCCAGGCGCAUGCAUAUACCCAAGAAGCCCAGCCUUGGGCCUUGGCCUAAUGUCUGCCGUCGCUCUUAUGGUCGCCCAGUCUAUCAUAAACACGGUUGCUGGUUGCAUCUGUUGUAAGAGGCAUCCCGUUCCCUCGGACACUAACUGGAGCGUAGCUCUGAUCUCAUUCAUCGUAUCUUGGGUCACUUUUAUAAUCGCGUUCCUUCUUCUGCUGACUGGAGCUGCACUGAACGAUCAAAGAGGUCAGGAGAACAUGUACUUCGGCAGCUUCUGCUACGUUGUCAAGCCGGGGGUCUUCUCAGGAGGAGCGGUGCUCUCCCUCGCCAGUGUGGCUCUAGCAAUAGUGUACUACGUCGCUCUGACAUCAUCGAAAAACCCACCAGCCUGGGGGCCGCAGCAGAACCAAGGCAUCUCCAUGGGCCAACCCGUGAUCCCGCCGCAGAGCAGCGAACCAGUGUUCGUACACGAGGACACCUACAACCGGCAGCAGUUCCCUUGAGCAAACACAUAUCUAAGCCAUUUCGACGGCCACUACGAAUGCUAUGUUUGCAAGUUCGGUUUGUAUAGGCUUGCAGAAUAGAACAACAGCACUUGCAGCUGUUGUUUAGCUAGGUUCAGUCUUUUUUUUUAUGACCUUUCUUUGCUGGGAAUGGUUGUGGCAUGCCUGUUUCAUCACUAUGGAUGUUUGAUUUUAAAUGAACUGGGUAAUGUUGACGUU